AUGGCGUCCGGCGAGGACGCGCGCGAGGACAAACGCACGAAGAAUGCGCGUCGCUUUGGUGGCGGCGGCGGCGCUCGAGCGAUGGAUGCGAACGAUUCGGACGUCGUGACGGACCCGCGGUUCGCGUCGAUGCACCGAGACCCGCGGUUCAUGGCGAUGCCGCGAAAGGAGACGGCGGUGACGAUCGAUGAACGAUUUAAAGGGGUGUUCGAGGACCCGAACUUUGCGAGCGGGACGAGCGGGACGCGGGACAAGCGCGGACGCCGCGGGACGAACGAUAAGGGCGCGAUGGCGAAGCAACGCGCGGAUAUGCGGGCGUAUUAUAAGAUGGAAGACGAUUCUGAGGAAGAAGACGGGGAUAUGGAGGAACGGAUGGAGAAGUCGAUGGAUCGCAUGCGAGGCGUGGGGUUGGAGUCGUCGAGCGAGGAAGAGAGCGAGAGCGAGAGCGAAGAGGCGGAGGAGGAAGAGGAGGGCGUGCUUCCGACCAUGCUCGUCGGGGAGGCGGACAAGGAUAUUCCAACCAUUGACGCGACGCGACGGUUGGCGAUCGUGAACUGUGAGUGGCAGCACAUUCGAGCGGUGGAUUUGUACGCCGUCUUGCGUUCCUUCGCGCCGAAAGGUGGGUCGCUAGAGAAAGUGACGGUGUAUCCGAGCGAUUUUGGUUUAGAGCGCAUGGCUGUCGAGAACAAGUACGGUCCGACGAGUGCGUUCAUGAAGGAUGAGAAGAAGAAGUCGCAAGCACUCUCGGAGACGAAGAAGAAGGACGGGAACGAUGACGACGGCGAGGACGGCGAGGAGGCUGACAAUGAGCAAAUGCGUCAGUACGAGCGCGAUCGUUUGCGUUACUACUACGCCAUCGCCGAGUUCGAUACCGUGAAGACGGCGAUGGGCGUGUAUCACGAGUGCGAUGGGAUCGAGUACGAACGAUCGAGUUUUAAGCUCGAUUUA